GAAGCGUCAGUGUUGAACUAAAAGGUCCACAUGUUUUAUACGAUAAAUAAUGAAUCCCGAUUCACAUCGCUUUGUCUCAACGCGGCCGGUCGACAGGUCGAUCCUCAGUGCUAAGAUAUAAAGGAACGUCAAUAUAUGUAUAUCAUUGUUUACCAUCAUAGAUAGCCGUUGUUGGCUGUGGGUCUUACCUGUAUCAUAACGACUCAAACUUCUGCUACACUGGUGUUUCGAAUCGGCGGCACCAAACUGGUGCACCGCGUGAUGGCCCGACAAACGUAAAUAAGUGUCAUCGAAGCUACCAUUUCGAAAGCUCGUUAGCAAAUCAUUGACAAGCUUUCUUCCAGCCACUUUCGCGUCUCCAAGUUUAUGAUGACUGACCCGGGCGCGAGCUGCAAUAAAGGCCACCAUCAUCAUCAUCAUCACGCAUAUCAUGACCAUACACUGGAUCAUCCGUCAGAUGUCGAUAGGAUUUACAUGGACUACAACGCCACCACCCCUUGCGAACCUGAGGUGGUCCAGGCCAUCUCUGAUGCGCUUCUGGAGGCCUGGGGGAACCCCAGUAGCGGCUACGCUGCCGGUGUAAAAGCCAGGCAGAUUAUCAACCAGGCCAGAGAGGAUGUGGCCCGCAUGGUGGGCGGGAACGCAGAGGACAUCAUCUUCACCUCGGGAGGAACUGAGGCCAACAACCUGGUGUUCCACACGGCAGUGGAGCACUUCAACAGGAGCUGCAGGGAGGAGGAGCUGUCUGUGGGGGGGAGACGGCCCCUCAACGGGGCCCCAGACAUCCCCCACAUCAUCACCUCCAGCGUGGAGCACGACUCGGUGACCUUGAUCGCCAACCACCUGCAGAAGGAGGGGAGGGCAGAUGUGACGUUUGUGCCCGUCUCCAAGGUGACGGCCCAGGUGGAGGUGGACGCUGUCAUGGCCGCUGUGCGUCCCUCCACCUGCCUCAUCUCCGUCAUGAUGGCCAACAACGAGACGGGGGUCCUGAUGCCAAUCAGAGAGCUUGGUCAGAAGGUACGCGCCCUCGACAAGCAACGGCACCAGUAUCCCAGAAUCCUUCUGCACACAGAUGCAGCCCAGGCUAUAGGAAAGGUGCCUGUGGACGCCCGCGACCUGGAAGUGGAUUACCUCACCAUCGUGGGUCACAAGUUCUACGGCCCCCGGAUUGGAGCCCUGUAUGUGAACGGUCCCGGGAGCUCCGCCCCGCUGUACCCCCUGCUGUUUGGAGGAGGCCAGGAGAGAAACUUCAGACCAGGAACUGAGAACACAGCGAUGAUCGCUGGCCUGGGAAAGGCUGCAGAGCUGGUGAACUCCAACCUGCCUGGAUACCGCAGCCACAUGCUCAGCACCAGACUCCACCUGGAGCAGAGACUCAAGGCUGUGUUUGGGGAGAGCAAGCUCCGUUUCAACAGCCUCUUCCCCGGCUCCGAGUGUCUUCCCAACACGUGUAACAUUUCCAUCCUGGGCCCCGGAUUGGAGGGUAGGAAGGUGUUAUCCAGCUGUAAGAGGCUGCUCGCCAGUGUGGGAGCUGCCUGUCACACAAACAGAGGAGACAGGCCCUCCCACAUCCUGCUGAGUUGUGGCGUUCCUCCAGAGGUGGCGUCCAACGCCGUGCGCCUGAGCGUGGGAAGAAACACGUCGAGGGAGGAGGUGGAGCAGGCGGUGCAGGACCUGAGGGCUGCCGUGACAACGCUGGAGCUGGCCUCCAUGUUGGGAUGACGACUUCACUGUCACACGUGCUGCAGAGAGCAGAUGAGGAGCGCUUGUUUUGUUGGCGGUUACGGGUCUGAUCCAUGGGUUACUGUGCUGGGGUGAGGCUAAUCUCUCAUGCCCAAGUAUCUGCCAGUAUUUCCAAUAGUAAUGGAGCCAUACUGUAUAUAAAGUAGUUACAUACCUAGACAUUGUGUGUGUAUAUAAAGCAAGGUCACAGUGCAGGCCAUCUGCACUUCCAUGAAUACAAUUAUAAGAAAGCAUUUAUCUAACACUUUUUGGAGUUUUCAUGACCUGAAGUGCAUGCCAGGGGUGCACUUUGCACAAUGGAUGUGAGUGAAUCAAUUAUUUAAACAUAAAUAAUUUUAAAUUAAUGACAUUCCUCUGUGAAGGAUGUUGAGAUGUGUACCUCGUGACAGCUGUUCAGGAAAACAUGGUGGAAACACCCGUCAUGACGAGCGCUCGUCACCUGCAUCGUCACGGCCUCUGAAUAACCCAGGACGUGUCACUGAGGACUUUAUACAGAAGGAAACAUGUUGAUCUGAUCUACUGUAAUAAAAUAUGUAGUGGCAUUUCCCUUUUGUUUUACUGUCAUUCAUGUGUUAAAGAGCGACUUGUCUUAAUCCCAGGUGAGUUGUAAUCUCCCGGAUUAUACCUAAUGACCAUUCCCUUUGCCCUUAAGAGAUCAAGAUGAAUAAAAAAAAAAGCUGUUAAUAUAUCUCGCUGGCUGUGAUCCUCAGCGGCUGGCUGCGCCCGUCUCCCGUUACUCUGGUUUCCGUGGCGACUUUGGCCUGGUCAGCGGUGCGUGUGCGAGCGUGCGCUGGGCAGCGGGGAGCACCCGUCUGACUCACUGGCUCUGACCCUCCCCCCAGCCCCCCGGCCCGGCUGCCAGCUGUUCGCCACCACGGUGUCGCUUACCUGCCGGGGAGGAGGUGUG